AUGCAGGAAAUGCCUGCACAACCCAUCAUCGGUCAGCCUAGCUGUCUAUUCGCCAGCCAAUCACAGACUACGUAUAGAACGAGGCCGCUGAUUGGACGGUUGCCUGGGGCUUUUCCAGUAGCCAAUUACAGAUCCGCUUUGCAGGAAGUGGACCCGGGCCGCGGCUGGAGAGGCCCGGACCUGCAAUCGGCUUUGCGAUAUUUGGCAGAAUGCCGCGCCAACAGAGAGAAGAUGAGAAGCGAACUGGGAAUGAUGUUGAGCUUGCAAAAUGUCAUUCAGAAGACUACAACACCAGGAGACACACAGUUUCUUGCCUCAGAAAUCUGUGAUCUUCUACAGUCAUCCAGCACAGCAGAUGGAGAUUGUACGAAUGAGAUGAACUCUAGACGGCGGAAGGCCCAGUUCUUUCUUGGAGCUACAAAUAAACGUGCCAAAACCGUGGUCCUGCAUAUUGAUGGCCUUGAUGAUACAUCUCGGAGGAGCCUCUGUGAAGAUGCCCUACUGAAAAUCAAAGGCGUCAUUAGCUUUACAUUUCAAAUGGCAGUACAAAGAUGCGUUGUCCGUAUUCGGUCUGACUUGAAAGCAGAGGCUUUGGCAACAGCAAUAGCGUCUACCAAAGUGAUGAAGGCACAGCAAGUGGUAAAGGGCGAAACGGGAGAAGAGUUGCUGGUGCCAUUUCAAGACACUUCUGUGGAUGUGGAGCAGAACACAGAUUUACCAGACUACCUACCGGAGGAUGAAAGCCCUAUGAAGGAGCAGGAUAAAGCCGUGUCACGAGUCGGGGCACUUCAGGACGGUGGGAGUAGUUGGCUCAGCACUGCAGCAAACUUUUUAUCGAGAUCCUUCUACUGGUGACAUGGGCUUAGGGACAAAAGACUGCCAUACAGUUUGAAGACAUAUUUCAAUCAUCCCAGUGAAGUGCAAUUUGCAAUAAAAUAUACUAAACAAAAAAAAAAAAAUUUAAAAUCGCGCAACUUACGCUGUGUUUUACCUGUACGAUAGCCAGCAUGGCGGACAAACGUCACAGAACGUGUUGCUUCUUUUAUUGCGUGUUGCCUCACUUUGUAAAUGGGUCCACCCUUUGCUAUUACACUGUCAUGUUAUAAGCCAAAUAAUUGUGAUAGUGAACUCUUUGAUAUUCAGCCUUAAGGUCACUGGUAUGUUGUAAUACACAGGAAGCGUCUCUUCACCUCGAUACUCAGGACCGUCAGUUCUCAUUCUGGUUAGAUAUUAGUGCAUGAACGCCUUUUUAAGAAACUUUUUUUUUUUUCUUUCUCUUGCCUUAUUUUUUUUGGAAGGAUUUGUUUCUGUGACACGUGCUACUGUCCGCAGCAACACAAACCUCACUGUUUGGUUGUUUUUAUUUUUCCCACAGAAACGGAAAGCGUUUUAUGCCUUCUACAUGGUAGAGAAUUUGAGUUCUGUGCGCAGGUCCAGGCUACUAGCGGGCAUCAAUACUAGAGAUAUAAUAUUGCAACAAGCCUAUAAAUAGAAUAAAAUCAAAUGUAUUCUCCUUAAAAUGUCAACUUUAGUCCUGCCUGAGUAUUUAUGAUAGAAUCCUAUUAAGAGCUCAUGAUUUCCAUAUGAACAUGAAUAUGCAAUGUUAUAUAACCUCAAACAGGAAUGAUCCAUAACAGGCUGAUAAUAAUAUCCAAGAACCACUAUUGAUAGGAAAAAUGCCUAGAUGUAUAUAUUUCUGUAUGUACAAGAUCUGCUGCCUGCUUUAAACCGUGGUGCCAUUUUUGGAGACACUAUAUAAGAGGUACACCCGUUUCCGUUCCCUGUCCAUGAUGGUGGUGUUUUAUAUAUUUGGAUAUAUUUGUAAUGAAAAGAAAGGGUGACAUGUAUGUUGUAGAUGUCCAAUUAAAACGCUGUGAUUGUUUCAUCAUUUUAAAAAAACAUAAUUUAUUUUUUUUUUAAUCUUCCUUGUUCUGGUAACCAGGUAUAGAAUUGCACGGUUUGGUUGUAAAGUAUGUUAUACGGUUAUUUAGUCACUAGAAAGGUAUGGCAUAUGCAGCAUAAUACUGUUCCUAUAGGAGAGUUUUGGAAAAGAGAUUUGUGUAUAAUUGGUAGUAGAUAUUAAAGUGCAACUCUAAAGUUCAACUCCCGCCCAAUCUUCAGAUCGGGAAUGGAUGGACACAGUUCACUCUGGGCUGUCUGGUUGCAGAGGCAACCGUAUGACGUCCAGCAAGUUCUGUGCACGAGUCCUAUUAAGUAGAAAAGGCCUUGUGCACAGAACUUGCCGGACAUUGUAUCAGUGCCACGGUAGCUGUAUCACCCAGCAUGGAAUUUACCUCUCUACACCAAAUUUUAAGAUUGGGUGGGAGUUGAACUUUGGAGUUUUGCUUUAAAGGGGCACUCCGCUGCCCUGCUUUGGAUGCUCCGCUCCCCAGCAUCCGUAAAUUUAUCAUUCCGAACGUUACGUGCGGGCGGGCUUCAGUGUUCAGGGCCGCCCCUCGUGACGUCACGCCCCCGGUCCAUGACAUCACGCCUGCC